AGUCUCGAUUCAGAGAGAACUCUAGUUCUGCACGGAAAUAUUGGAUCAUUGAUUGAUUGCCAAAUUCGUGGUUUUGUGGGCGGUAGGUUGGAUCUUGUGUAAGUUUUGGACUGACUUCCAAGACUUGUUCAUUACUGACUGCAGGCCUGAGUUCAGUACCGAUUUUCGUAAUGCAUAUCAUUUAUAUUUCACAACUGCUGAGUUAUUUAUAGCACACCACAUUGGGAUUUCAAGCAGAAGUGAGUGUAGUGUGACACUGAUAGGACUUUAGCAAUGACAUUGAAGUGGUCUGACCAUGGAAUAAAAGCUAAUUAUCUUGAUAAUUAUUUCCACUUUCUUUAAACAAUUACUAACUGUAACUCAGGUUUCUGUUUCACUGCUAUAGCGCAUAAUAUGGUCACAUGGAUGAAUCAUUAUUUGUGGAUGACUCAAUGGUUGGGUUUAUUAGAAAAUAACUAAGGUUGCAUUCAAAUGUGUUCUGCUGGCUAUGCAAAAAUCUCCAGAAUUUCAGAAGGACUGUUUCCUUAUUCGAGCACCUCUAGCAACUUUUGAUACUAUUGAUCUCGGAGAUGAUUUGCCAACUAAGUCAGGCCAUCCCAGUGUAUCUCACAGAGGUUGUAACAAGGACAGUGUUGAAGAAAAAAUAAUUUCUGUAAGAAAUGACACUGAUAAUAGUUGUCUUAAGACAGUGGAAGAGGAAGAAUCAAAACCAGAGACACUGAAAAGUGAAAAGCCGAGCCCCAAAAGGGAAUUCUUUAAAUUUGAUAAAAAGAAAGAUAGUUCUAAAAAGGAUUCACCAAAGCCUGAUAAAAGAAAAGGAAGCCCUAAAAAGGAUACAAAGGGAGACAAAUGCAAACAAAGUUCAAAGAAGGAGUUGUCCAAAGCUGACAAGAAAAAAGAAAAAGAUAAUAAGAAGGCCAAGAGUAACACCAAAUCACCUGAAAGGGUUGAAAGUCCUGCGGUAUUGCCUCAAAAUGUACAUGUAAGUGCUCCACAAACUAGUUGUUCAGAAGCAAGUUACGACUAUGAAAAGGAAAUUGAUAAUUAUGUGUAUAUCAGACAUGAGCCAUAUAUUCCUGGCAGCAACAAUGACAAUAUUUCACAGGAACAGAUAAACAGAUGCUUGUCACAGUUCAAUGGUGAAGGAAAAAAGGUUGAAACAGUUUUCAUUCCACCUCCUACAUCACUAAAUCAAAAUAAGACUAUUCCACAACUACAGAGAACGUCUUCAUUUUCAUCUUCCAGUUCUGAAUCAGAUUCUGAAAUCUCCCGCCAUAUAAAACACAGGUCAUUUCAGCAGCCACACAAUGAACAUGUUGGUAAUAAUUCUUCACAACCUUUACAGAGUCCUCUAACUCUUUCUCCAGAAUUGGUGGAUCCCAAUUCUAUUACCUCACCAUCAAAGAAAAAGGCAUAUCAAAAACGUUUAUGGAGGCAACAAGUAAAAACAUCCCCAAUUGCUCGUCCCAGAAGCACAACUCCCAUCAGUGUCGUAACUCUUGAUGAAUACUCAAGUGUCCUAAGCUCACCAGAGAACUCGCCACUAUCACCAACUCUGCACUUGGGGGACAAGUUGAAAAUCACACUGCCAGCCGAUGAGUUUUCUAUCAAGCCCAGGAGUCCAAGAACUGGAACAAGCUUGUCCGUAAGUUCCGAUGACAACGAAGAAUCAGUGUUUGAGUUCAACGAAGAGCUUCUCUUCACUCACACCCGCUCAGCACUAGUUGUUGAUGAGUGUGGAAACAUUCCCUCAUCUCCACGAAGAGUUCUGAUCCCACCCACAAUUUCUCCUUCCUCUUAUCCCAAGCUUGUCACAGCCAGUGUUUCGGGAGACACCGAAGCAGCACCCAGAUUGUUGUAUUACCAAACCCCAUCUGAACCUGCUGAAGAAGAGAACUGGGCAGUGUUUUCUGAUAAUCCGGAUGAGCAGAAUUGUGUUAGUGAAGAUAGUAAUCACUGUGAAGACUUGCCUAAACCCAUCUAUGCACAAGGCGAAUGUGUACUCCCUCUAGAGGAGGACAUUUUGACUGUUAACAUCAACAGCUCUGAUGUGAGUGGUAAGCGCAAUAUAGACAUUGUUCUGUCAUCCUCAUCCAGCAGCACUAGUCAGCCAAGUCCAUCAACGCCAGAGAAACCAACAACUGAUAACACUGUGACCUGCACAAACCAGACCGAAGAGCCACCAACAGGUGAACCAUCCACCAGUGAAGAUGUUUUAACCAGUGAUAAUGACAUAGCCGUGAAUCAGAACAUGUGACAGAUAUAUACUAUUACUACUAACCUAGCUAUCACAAUGAAAGUACGACCAAAAAGCAAGAAAAAAGAAGAAGAAGAAAAAGAAGAAAAGAAAAAAAAAAAGCUACUUGUGUUAGUUUUUCCCAUUUAUCUGGUUGUUAUGUUACACCAAGGACUAGCUGACAUUCUCAUCUUCCUACUCACAAUGUUUGCUUUAUGGCUAUAAUGGUCUUGCUGCAGAUGCUCGGAAAGAUCA